GGGGGCGGCUGUGUCCGCCUCCGGAGCUCAGCUGGUCGGGUCUUGUCUGAAUAGGAGGUGAGGCAGUCCUCUUCCCCGCUACGGAGUGCAGUUUGACACAUUCACACGCGUCCGUCCUCCCGGAGGAGUUCACACAGGUGUGAAUUAAAAACUUCAGUAAUGGAAUUAGCGCACAGUUUAUUGCUAAAUGAAGAAGCUUUGGCCCAAAUCACUGAAGCAAAGAGACCAGUUUUUAUCUUUGAAUGGUUGCGAUUUCUUGAUAAAGUUUUGGUUGCUGCCAACAAGACUGAUGUAAAGGAAAAACAGAAAAAACUGGUUGAACAGUUAACUGGAUUAAUAAGUAGUUCACCUGGACCGCCUACACGAAAAUUAUUAGCUAAAAAUCUUGCAGCCCUGUAUAGCAUUGGGGAUACUUUUACAGUUUUUCAAACACUUGAUAAAUGUAAUGACAUUAUCAGAAAUAAAGAUGAUACUGCAGCCUACUUACCAACAAAACUGGCUGCAGUGGCUUGUGUUGGAGCAUUUUAUGAAAAAAUGGGGAGAAUGUUAGGCAGUGCCUUUCCAGAAACAGUAAAUAAUCUUUUGAAAUCUCUGAAAAAUGCAGAGUCUCAAGGGCGAAGUGAAAUCUUAAUGAGUCUACAGAAAGUUCUAAAUGGAUUGGGUGGUGCAGCAGCUUCCUCUCAUCGAGAUAUUUACAAGAACGCCAGGUCCCUCUUAACUGACAGAUCAAUGGCUGUUCGAUGUGCAGUGGCCAAGUGUCUGUUGGAACUCCAAAAUGAAGCUGUGUUCAUGUGGACUGCUGAACUGGAAAAUAUAGCUACUCUCUGCUUUAAGGCUUUGGAAAACUCAAACUACGGAGUACGAGUGUCAGUGGCUAAACUCUUAGGCACAGUCAUGGCCACAGCACUAAUGCCAAAACAGGCCACAGUAAUGCGUCAGAAUGUGAAACGAGCAACACUUGAUGAAGUUUUAGAACUGAUGGCCACAGGAUUUCUACGUGGAGGGUCAGGUUUCUUAAAGAGUGGUGGAGAAAUGUUAAAAGUUGGAGGGUCUGUAAAUCGUGAAGUGAGAGUCGGAGUUACUCAGGCAUACGUUGUUUUUGUAACAACUUUGGGUGGUCAGUGGCUGGAACGAAGCUUUGCUACAUUCUUGUCCCACGUACUUGAUCUCGUUUCCCACCCUCGGGCAACACAAACACAUGUGGAGGCUGUGUAUUCAAGACGGUGUGUGUCCUUUAUCCUAAGAGCUACUGUCGGGAGUUUGCUGGGUGAAAAAGCCCAGAUAGCAGCUGCUAAAGAGAUCUGUCAAGCUAUUGGAAAACAAAUGAAAGCAGUAGAAGCAGUAGUGAAUGAUACAAGUAGUGAGAACAAAUCAGGUGCAGCAGACAUUGCAGCGAGCCAGCACGUGAUGGUCUGUGCCCUGCAGGAGCUUGGGAGCCUGGUACAGAGCCUGAACGCCACUGCUUCUCCACUUAUUCAGGAAGCAUCUAUAGGCCUUUUGGAGAUUGUCACUUCAGUGCUCCUUCAUCCAAGCAUAGCUGCUCGACUUGCUGCUGCAUGGUGUUUGCGCUGUGUGGCUGUGGCAUUACCUUUUCAGUUGACACCAUUUUUAGACAGGUGUGCAGAACGGCUGAACAACUUGAAGACAUCACCAGAAGCUGUUAGUGGAUACAGUUUUGCUAUGGCUGCUCUGUUAGGUGGAGUUCAUCAGUGCCCUCUGGGGAUCCCUCACUCCAAAGGAAAGAUGGUAGUUAGUAUUGCUGAAGAUCUGUUACGAACUGCUGCCCAAAAUAGCCGGCUGUCUUUGCAGCGCACCCAAGCUGGAUGGCUUUUACUUGGCGCACUUAUGACUUUAGGACCAUCUGUUGUUCGUUAUCAUCUGCCAAAGAUGUUGUUAUUAUGGCGAAAUGUUUUUCCUCGUUCCUUAAAGGAAUUGGAGGCUGAGAAGGCUCGAGGGGAUUCUUUUACCUGGCAGGUAACUUUGGAAGGUCGUGCUGGAGCUUUAUGUGCUAUGAGGAGUUUUGUUGCACACUGUCCUGAGCUCCUAACUGAAGAUGUGAUUAGAAAAUUAAUGACUCCUAUAGAAUGUGCUAUGACUAUGAUGUCACACAUUCCAUCUGUAAUUAAAGCCCAUGGAGCUCAUCUGAAAGCUAGUGCUGCAAUGGUCCGUUUAAGACUUUAUGACAUCUUGGCUUUGUUACCUCCAAAAACUUACGAAGGAUCUUUCAAUGCACUUCUUAGAGAACUGGUAGCAGAAUUCACCUUGACUGAUAACUCAGCCAACACCACUACCUCUCUCCUCCGGUCACUCUGCCAUUAUGACGAUAGUGUUCUUCUUGGUUCCUGGCUUCAAGAAACUGAUCAUAAAUCAAUUGAAGAUCAGCUCCAGCCAAACAGUGCAUCUGGAAGUGGGGCUCUGGAGCAUGACCCUUCCUCCAUCUACCUGCGAAUACCUGCUGGGGAAGCAGUGCCUGGUCCUCUCCCUCUGGGAGUCUCAGUCAUUGAUGCUUCUGUGGCUCUUUUUGGUGUAGUGUUUCCUCAUGUUUCCUAUAAACACCGGUUAGUAUUAAGUUAUUCAGAGUUACAUAAUGAUUUAUCUACCCCAUUGAUUUUGGUCCUGUUGUUGAGGCUGCAUAUUGUGGCUGGAGGCUUAGCUGAAAACAAAAGUACUUUGGGCCCCGAGGAAGUUCGUAAAUCAGCUCUGACCCUGGUCAUGGGAGCUCUUGACAACCCAAACCCCAUCCUUCGGUGUGCAGCAGGGGAAGCUCUUGGAAGAAUGGCUCAAGUGGUGGGAGAAGCAACUUUUAUUGCUAGAAUGGCCCAGUACAGCUUUGACAAGUUGAAGUCAGCUCGAGAUGUUGUAUCUAGGACUGGUCAUUCAUUGGCUCUUGGUUGUUUGCAUCGUUAUGUUGGUGGUAUAGGCUCAGGACAACACCUGAAGACUAGUGUCAGCAUCUUAUUAGCUCUUGCACAAGAUGGAACAUCCCCUGAAGUCCAGACUUGGUCUCUUCAUUCACUUGCUUUGAUAGUGGAUUCUAGUGGGCCAAUGUAUCGUGGCUAUGUAGAACCAACAUUAUCUCUGGUUCUUACCUUGCUGUUGACAGUUCCACCUUCACAUACAGAAGUUCAUCAGUGUUUGGGUAGAUGCUUGGGUGCUAUAAUAACUACUGUUGGCCCUGAACUACAAGGGAAUGGAGCAACAAUUUCUACAAUUCGUUCCUCUUGCUUGGUGGGUUGUGCGAUCACCCAGGACCAUUCAGAUUCUCUUGUUCAGGCAGCUGCUAUAUCGUGCCUUCAGCAGCUUCACAUGUUUGCACCUCGACAUGUCAAUCUCUCUAGUCUUGUUCCUAGCCUUUGUGUUCAUUUAUGUAGUUCCCAUUUGUUACUUCGACGAGCUGCUGUGGCUUGUCUUCGACAACUUGCACAGCGAGAAGCAGCUGAAGUGUGUGAAUAUGCCAUGAGCCUGGCAAAAAAUGCAGGGGACAAAGAGAGCAGUGGUGGCCAUGUCAAUCCUUUUGCACCAGGAGUUAGUUGUCGAAGCGAUAUUCAUUGCCGGCAUCAAGGUGUUAACAUAACAGAAACUGGUUUGGAGGGACUUCUUUUUGGAAUGUUAGAUCGUGAGACAGAUCGGAAAUUGUGUUCUGAUAUUCAUGACACGUUGGGCCAUAUGCUUUCAUCACUGGCAGUGGAAAAACUUUCCCAUUGGCUAAUGCUUUGUAAGGAUGUCCUGGCAGCAUCUAGUGAUAUGAGUACUGCAACACCCUUAAGUAGUGGAAAAGAUGAAGAAUCUGAGAAAAAAGAUGAAAUGGAUGACGAUACCAUGUUUACCACUCUAGGCGAGGAAGAUAAGUCAAAGCCUUUUGUAGCACCUCGCUGGGCCACUCGAGUGUUUGCUGCUGACUGCCUGUGCCGAAUCAUCCACUUAUGUGAGAAUGCAGACCAGGCUCACUUUGAUCUUGCCAUGGCACGUUCUGCUAAACUACGAAACCCUAAAAGUAAAUUUAAAUCAGUGGGUGCUGCUUUAAGACCAGCCUUCUCACAGGAUACACCAUCAGAUAUAAUAGCAAAGGCUUGCCAGGUAUGCAGUACAUGGAUUGGAAGUGGAGUUGUCAGUGACCUCAAUGAUCUCCGUCGAGUACACAAUCUGCUUGUUUCUUCUCUGGACAAAGUUCAAGCUGGAAAAGGAUCUUCCAGUCAGCUGUAUCGGGAGAGUGCCACAACUAUGGAGAAACUGGCUGUCCUCAAAGCGUGGGCCGAGGUAUAUGUGGUUGCUAUGAAUAUUAAAAAGGAAGCAGAGUCAAAACCAAAAAGAGGAAGUAAAGCUACUGAUGAUGAAGAUGAGGACUUGGGUGCCCUGGGUGAGCUACCUGCGGACAGUUUAAUAACGCUGGUGCAGCCCGAGCUUCCCACGCUUAGUCGCCUGUGGUUGGCAGCGCUGAAAGACUAUGCCCUUUUGACUUUACCAGCCGAGUUUGCUAGUCAGCUCCCUCCAGAUGGUGGAGCGUUCUAUACACCGGAGACUAUUGAUACAGCCAGACUUCACUAUCGGAAUUCCUGGGCUCCAGUUCUCCAUGCAGUGGCGCUUUGGUUAAACAGCACAGGGUUUGCAUGUUCAGAGUCCACAGAAGCAGCAGCAGUGUCUAGUUCACAAAAACGUUCUACAGCUGUCAGUUUAAACCAGGCAUCAGGAACAGCAGCCAGUGCUAAAUCCUUGCCAGAAAUUAAUACAGACAGAAUGCACCUGAUUUUAGGUGUGAGUAUACAGUUUCUCUGUUCCCCUAGACCUGAGGAGCCCAUUGAACAUGUUACAGCGUGCCUCCAGGCCUUACAUACCUUGCUAGACUCUCCUUAUGCACGAAGCCAUAUUGCAGAAGACCAGCUGAUUGGUGUUGAGUUGCUGAGUGUCUUGCACCGCCUCCUGUUGACCUGGAACCUAUCAUCUAUCCAGCUAUUGGUUACUGGAGUUGUCCAACAGAUAGUAAGAGCUGCUCAGGAUUACCUUCAAGACAAGAGAAGCGUUCUAAAUGAAGAUGAUAUGGAGAAAGAAUCUUGUGUUGUAUUAGGAGAAGGUGGUGACAGCGGUGGCCUCAUUCCUGGAAAAUCUCUUGUGUUUGCAACUAUGGAGCUACUGAUGUUCAUUUUAGUGCGCCAUAUGCCACAACUGAGUACCAAGAUGUCAGAUUCGCCAACUCACCUCUCCACGAAAACUCAGCUCUCAGAAGAAAGUGCUCGUUUGGUGGCAGCCACAGUCACCAUUCUCUCUGAUUUACCAUCCCUUUGUUCACCUGCCGGAUGUAUGACAAUCCUGCCCACAAUUCUGUUCUUAAUUGCAAGAAUAUUGAAAGACACAGCAAUAAAGUCUGUAGAUAAUCAAGUUCCUCUGCCUGUCAGUGCGGCUCUUCAAGGGAUUAAAAGUAUUGUGACACUUUCAAUGGCCAAAACUGAGGAAACCCAGAAGCAGUGGACAGCUCUAAUUCGUAGCACUCUUGCAUGCAUCCUAGAAUAUUCUCAACCAGAGGAUUCUAUGCCUGUGCCUGAUGAAGUAAGCAUGCUAACAGCAAUUGCCCUCUUCCUGUGGUCUGCUAGUAGUGAAAUAAUAGGAGUCCAGUCAUUACAGAGUGGCUGCAUGAGCAGAUUUAAAAAUGCAUUAAAUUCAUGUGAUCCAUGGGUUCAAGCCAAAUGUUACCAGCUUCUCCUCUCAGUCUUCCAACAUUCCAAUCGUGCCCUCUCAACUCCAUAUAUCCAUUCAUUAGCACCAAUAGUGGUUGAAAAGUUAAAAGCUGUUGAAAGAAACAGACCAGCCAGUAACACAGAACUUUUAGCUGUUCAAGAAGGAAUUAAAGUUCUUGAAACACUGGUUGCUCUCGGUGAGGAACAAAACAGAGUCCAGUUACUUGCUCUUUUAGUGCCCACUUUGAUCUCUUACCUGCUGGAUGAGAAUUCUUUUGCUUCAGCAAGUUCAGCCUCCAAAGAUCUUCAUGAGUUUGCACUCCAGAAUUUAAUGCAUAUUGGACCUUUGUAUCCACAUGCUUUCAAGGCAGUAAUGGGGGCUGCUCCAGAGUUGAAAGUACGCCUGGAAACUGCUGUUCGAGCAAGCCAAGCAAGCAAAGCUAAAGCGGCUGCCAGGCAGCCAGCCCCUACCAUACAUUCUACACCAACAAUUAAGCUAAAAACAAGUUUUUUUUAAUGUGUUCUGUUCUUUUUUAGUUAUAUUUUAAUCUUGUUAGUGAUAGCCACUAAUGAUUCCAAGCUAUAAAUUGUUUUAUUUGUAUAUUGGUAUUCUGUUGCUUCCAAAGAGGUUAAGUGAAAUAAUGUUCACACCACUGACUGGUUUCUAAGGAGUGCUAGUUUAAAAUUCACGUGAAUAUAUUUUCAUUGUUCUCGCAAGUAUGUUUCUCUUUAAUUAACUUUUUGUUGUUGUUAUUACUGUUUUGGUGAUCCUGGAUUGAAUCCAGGGUGUUGUGCAUGCUAAGCAUGUG